UGAGAUUAAUCUCAGAAUUUUUGAGUUUUUUGGUGGAAAUUUACUUUUUUUAUAUCUAAAUUGUCCCUAACGCACCGUCACACAGAAUACAUUAAACAUUGACUCGUCUUAAAUGUGCUACAGAGAGAAACUGGCCUUUCCUUUAGUAAAGUUACAGAAACAUAAAAUGGUUUCGUUCCUUAAUGUUGCGUUGCUCUGGGCAACCAGAGAACAACAUGGACCUGGUCGUCAUUCAGCGUGAGAGGAAAUAAAAAGCUGCAGGCGUUGCAGCAGCCGACAGUUAGACUGAGGUCCAGCUCACCUGGACGGAUCCUCAUUCACUAAAUGAGUCAAAACACAGGAGUUCAGCUCAUGAUGCUGCUUCUCAGUUUUUAACUUGCUCUUUUUCCAGCUUUACAGAAUUUGUAAGAUUUUAGAUUUGUUUGUUCUCAUUAUACAAAGGACAUAGUUAGACUUAUAAUUCAUCAAUUUCUUUUCCUUGCCUUCUCACUGAAUGAGCCAUGCUGAACUCCACUUCUUCAGCUCUGACGUAUUUCAUUCUCGGAGCGUAUGUGGACGUUGGAAGAUGGCGGUACUUGUGCUUCCUGGUAACUGCGGUAUUAUACCUGAUAAUUGUUGCGGUCAACGUCCUGCUGAUCGCGGUGAUCUGUGUGAACCGGAGCUUACAUGAACCCAUGUUCCUGCUCCUCUGCAGCCUGUUUGUGAACGAACUGUACGGCAGCUCAGGCUUGUUCCCCUUCCUGCUGGUCCAGAUCCUCUCUGACGUUCACAGGGUUUCAGCUCCGCUCUGCUUCCUGCAGAUCUUCUGUCUUUACUCUUACGUAAAUACUGAGUUUUGUACUUUAGCCGUCAUGUCUUAUGACCGGUACCUCGCCAUCUGCUGUCCUCUCCAGUACCACGCCGUGAUGACGCAUCAUAAAGUAGCAGUUGUGAUUAUUCUGACCUGGCUGUACUCCUUUGUGAAGUUUCUCAUCACUCUGCUGCUGACCGUCCGCCUGACUCUGUGUGGAAACGUGUUGAACAGCACGUUUUGCCGUAACUACCUGGUUGUGAACUUGGCGUGUUCCGACACCAGCGUGAACAACGUCUACGGACUGUUUGGUACUGUAAUCACAGUUCUGGUCCCGCUGCUGCCCAUCCUCUAUUCCUACACUAAAAUCCUCAGCGUUGUUCUGUCCGGCUCCAAACGGACCAGGCAGAAAGCCGUCAACACCUGCAUGCCUCACCUGGCUUCACUCCUCAACUUCUCCUUCGGCUGUUUGUUUGAAAGCCUUCAGAGCCGAUUCGACAUGGUCUCCAUACCCAACGGGCUGCAGAUCGUCAUGUCUCUGUACUUUGUGAUUCUUCAGUCUCUUCUCAAUCCCAUCAUGUAUGGAAUCAACCUGACAAAAAUAAGAAAUGCAUGUAAACAGCUGUUCAGUAAUAGUUUAGUGGAUGAUAAACUACUUGCAUAA